AUGAGAAAGGUGAGGAUCAAGUUGAGCAGUGGUAGAGAUCUAUUUUUUGAUCAAAACGGGGACCCACCAGCAGUCUAUGACAUUGUGAACUGGAAGCUGAGCCCAGAGGGCACCAUAAAGCAAGUCAAGGUGGGCAGUUAUGACACUGCUGCUUCUUUCGGUCAAGUCUUUACUGUCAACACAAGUGCCAUUGUGUGGGCUACUGGAGACCAGGUUCCUGUCUCAGUCUGUAGCCAGAGCUGCCCCCCAGGAUUUAGGAAGGCCCCUAUAAGUGGGAAACCAGCCUGCUGCUUCAAGUGUAUCCCGUGUCCCCAAGGAGAGAUCUCCAACCAUACAGACUCCAUUGAUUGCUUCAAGUGUUCUUGGGAAGAAUGGCCGAACCUCCAAAACUCCAAAUGCAUCCAAAAGGGCAUAGAAUAUCUGUCCUAUGAAGAUCCUUUGGGAGCCACCCUGGCAGCUAUAAGCAUCUUGUCAUCCUUGGUUCCUGUAUUUAUCUUGAGACUGUUUAUCAAACAUAGAACAACUCCCAUAGUGAAAGCCAACAAUUAUUCUCUAAGUUGCCUUCUGCUGCUCUGCCUGCCCCUCUGUUUCCUUUGCUCUUUGGCUUUCGUUGGCUUCCCUCAGCCUGAGAAAUGCCUUUUGUGCCAAGCUGCAUUUGGGCUGGUGUUUGCCCUCUGCGUCUCUUGUAUUUUAGCCAAAACUAUUAUGGUGGUUCUUGCCUUUAUGGCCACCAAACCAGUUAGCAAAUUGAGAAGAUGGGCAAGUCCUUUAGUGUCUUACAUGAUAAUUUCUCUAUGUUUUCUUCUACAAUUCCUCUUAUGCACGGUAUGGCUGCUAAAGGCACCUCCUUACACAGAAUAUGACACACAAACAAAACCCGGACUCAUCAUUGUGCAAUGUAACAAUGGAUCUACUGCUGCUUUCUGGAGCAUGCUUGGAUAUCUUGGUCUCCUGGCCACCAUCAGUUUUAUUGUUGCUUUCUUGUCCAGGGGACUUCCUGACACCUUCAAUGAGGCCAAAUACAUCACCUUUAGCAUGCUGGCCUUCCUUAGUGUCUGGGCGUCCUAUACACUGGCAUCUUUCAGCGCACAAGGAAAAUAUACAGUGGCUACAGAGAUCUUUGCCAUCUUGUCUUCCAGUUGGGCCUUGGUAGUUUGCAUGUUUGCCUCCAAAUGCUACAUCAUACUCUUCAGGCCCCUCCUGAACUCAAAGAAAAGUCUCAUGAAGAACGAUAGUAGAAAUAUAAAGUCCAAAUAUAAAACCUGA